AUGGAGGAGGUGGAAGAAAAUGAAGCUCCGCUCCUUUCAAAUUUAAAGAUUUUACGUCUUAAACACUUGCCAGGUUUGAGUUGCAUAUGGGAAUUGCCAACCCAACAUGUAAGACUUGAAAGCUUAGUUGAAUUGACUAUACAACACUGCCCACGUUUGAAAUCACUCUUUUCACUUUCUCUUGCUCAAAGUCUCGUACUCUUGGAAGUACUUGACAUAGGAUACUGUGAUGAGUUGAAGCAAAUAGUGACAGAAUUGGAAGGUGACGAAGGAGAAAUAUCGGCCAUCAAUUCUCAUACUUCUUUGUGUUUCCCAAAGUUAACAGAGCUGUACAUAUCUACUUGUGAUGGUUUGGAGUAUAUUUUUCCGACAUCACUGGCAUCACAUGGGCUUCAGGGUUUGACUCUUGACAUACGUGGUUGCCAUAAAUUAAAGCAAGUGUUUAGAGUUGCCAAUGAUAGUAUGCUCCAAUAUCAGCAGUCUUUGAAAUUGUUAUCGUCCUUUUCAAUGUCUGAUUGCCCUCUAUUAACUGAUUCGGUUGUUCAUUUAGAAGCUGAGAAAGCUUGCAUAGAGGGUGUUCGAUUGUCAGCAUUCAAGAAUUCUUUCAAAACUUCGAAACAACUUCGAUUAUCAAUAAUUAAGAAUCAUAAUAUGGUUCCAGAAGCUAAUGAAGAUGGAUUAAAUGGAGUAACUUCACUUAAACUUUGGGGUUGCAAGGAUCUUGAAUGCUUGGUUGAUACCACCGCUACUGCAACAAAGAAUGGGCCAACUUCAGCAUUCACUCAUUUGGAGACAUUAUUUAUAGCAAAGAUGCCUCGGUUGGAAGCCUUAUGCAAGGGUCAGCCUCCACAAGGUUUCCUCAAAAACUUGAAACAUCUGGGAAUUGUAGACUGUUGUAAGUUGAAAUCCCUUUUUUCUCCUUCCCUUAUUCAAAGCCUAGUGCUUUUAGAACAACUCGAGAUACGAUGCUGCGACGAAUUGAAAACUCUUUUCGCUGAUCCGGAAAUUGAUGGUGAAAUAGAAUCAAAGACUUCUUCCCUUCCUCUCCGCCUGCCCAAAUUGAAUACUCUUUACAUCAGAGCGUGUGCAAAACUGGAAUAUGUUGUGCCAAUCACCUUGGCUCAAGGUCUUCCUGCUCUUGAAUGGCUUUGGGUUUCUGAGUGUGAUGCAUUAAAGCAAGUAUUCGGCAUGCCAAAUGAACAAAAUGAAGUUCAUCACCAUAGUAGCCUGCUCCUUCCAAGUCUACAAGAUCUAGAACUUGAUUGGUUACGAAACUUGACUAGUUUUGUCCCAAAAAACUAUAUUGUCAAAGCACCAUCUUUGAAAAGAAUGAAAGCUAAGGGUUGUUCUAAAGUGAUGAACCUUCCCAUUCAACAAGCCAACAAUCAGCUGGAGUUAACGUUAGAGGAGUUGGCCUUCAUUAUGGAAGAUAUAGACAGUGAAGAUGUCAAUUUGAGUGAUAUAGUAAACACUCAGUUGAUACAAAAAUCACCAGAUUUCGAAUAUAUAACUUUGGGGAACUUUGAACAAUUGUUUCUGCUUCAGGGUGGAUAUAUCAUGUCAAGUCUAGAGAGAAUGGAUCUUCAUAAUGUGAUUACGUUGCAAGAUAUAUGGAAGGGUCCUAUCCAUGUUGAAACCAAUCUUAGAGAACUAACUGUUCACUAUUGCAAUAACUUGACAUACAUCUUUCCAGAGACGCUCAUUCCAUAUUUACCACAAUUAAGCAUCCUAAACAUAGCGUCAUGUGAGAACUUGAAGCAAAUAAGUGGAAAUGAUGACAUUUUACCAUCUUCAUCAUCAUCACAAGGUCCUCAAUUGGAGAUGAAAAUGGUAUUCCCUCAGUUACAGAAAAUAGAACUUGAAAAUUUGUCAAAGAUCGAGAGCUUCAGCCCCGUGGGUUAUCAUCUGGAAUUCCCAUAUUUGCAUUCGCUUAACAUUAAGAAAUGUUCCAAGAUGAUCACAAUUUUCAGUGCAGAUUAUUUUACAUUGACUGUGCAUGCUAAAACUGAUCAGGCAUCUCAGCUAAAUGAUACCAGUCCCUCACGGGAAGAUAUAAUCUGGAAAAGGAGAAGACCUACCUUACUACCUCAGUAUAAAGAAAAGAAGAAGACUGAAGAAAUUUCACCCUUUAAGUGAAAAAUGUUGCAAAAAUCAUUCUUGAACCUAAAUCACGUCAAUUGUACCAACAGUCAACACUAGUUAAUUAACUAGGAUUCUACUUUGAGGGAUUACACACUAUGCCAGCCCUCUAAUUUAGGGGACUGCAUCAUCUCUACCGUAAUGGUGGUGUUGCUAAUUUGCCUGCAAUCAAAGAGAAGUAUGGUCAGUACAUGAUUGGAAUGAUGUAUGACGAACUAUUGAUAAAGUUCAAGAGCCUGGAGCAGUUUCUGGUGUUGUGGGUUCAUGCUGGUCAAAGCCGCCUGUGGAAUGGGUGAAGUGCAAUAUUAAUGCCACGUUAUUUAGGGAGGAGAAUGCUGCAGGCUGGUCUGCUGUAGUCCGUGAUGCAAAGGGUCAUGUUAAUCCAAUGAUGGCUCCUAAAGUUGCUGAAUUAUACAUGGACAUUUACAAGAAAAGCUUUGAAUCCAUACAAAACCAUUUCACUUACCUAACAUAAGCACUUUAGUAUGGACCCAAAUAAUUAAUGUAUCUAGAGGGUAGUACAUAACCGCAAGGUAGUAGCCCCACAAGAAAUACAAUAACAGAACUAAUAUUUCGAAAAUGUAUACAAACCUCAUACAUAUAGUUCUUGUCAGGAAGAUUUCUAAGUUAUCUUAUUUCUGUUCUGCUUAUAAAUAUAUCAUAUAAUGGAUCAAUUCAAGAGAUAGGACUUAGAAUUA